GCGAUGCAGUUAUGAAAUAUAAUAACAAAACUAAAGCGAAUUGCACAUUUGAUGAUGUUCAAUCCAAUGAGCUAAUAUUUGAACGUUUAAUAUUUAAAUACUCAUAAAAAACACAAGGACAUUAUUGAGGAAUUCAGAAAGUACUGACGAUGAUAUGUAUACGAUAAAACUGCAUGUGUAAAAUAGAAGCUACUGUUUGAUCUGUUAAUAGAUUUCUGACAUUUGGUUUGAAAGAAGCGGUUUUGAAAUGUAUUCAUCAAAGAUGAAAUUCCUGAUUUUUCUGUAUAGUUUUGGAAUAGUUUGUUCACAAAGGUCCCCAUUUCGUCAGCUGCAAAUGGCUAAUAUGCUUCAAACAAGAAACAGCCUCUUACAACAAGCUAUGCUUCAAAAUCUACGUAAUCCAGCCGCUUCACAGGGUGCCACUCCGAGUGUUAGUCAGAGUGUCCGACUGGUCAACCAGUUAAACCGAAUGACCCAGAAUAUGAUGAAUAAUUUAAAUGGUGGCACGCGCGCAGCAGCGCCGUCUUUAGGUGCAAAUAAUCUAAUUCCAGUGGACGUGUUGCUACGGCAACAAAGAAACUUGCAAGCCCAGAUGUUACAAAAUCUGCAAAACACUCAAAAUGUUAAUUCGAAUAUACCAACCACUCAAAAUACUGGAUUAAAUCAAAAUCCGAAUGUUAAUACUCAAAGUACACAACAAACUACGGGUACUAAUGACGUCACAGUAGUCGUAGUACCGCGAAAUAACACCACUUUUCAAAACGUACCAACAGGCAACUCAAAUAUUCCUCAAACAUCGGACGUAAAUCCUUUUACUGCAAGCACUGGUAAUACAACAUUUGAAGACAUAUUUACCAAUUUUGGAGGUUUCAGUUUUCCAAGUACAUCAGCUGACUUCUGGACCGGAAGAACCGAUGCAAUAGGCAGUUCAACCGGAAGUAACAGACCGCCGACUGACGUUCCUUCCAGUAUAGUCCCAUCAACCGGCGGUUUUACAAACGUUCCUUCCAGUAUAGUCCCAUCUACUGGUGGUUUUACAAACGUUCCUUCCAGUAUAGUCCCAUCUACUGGUGGUUUUACAAACGUUCCUUCCAGUAUAGUCCCAUCUACUGGUGGUUUUACAAACGUUCCUUCCAGUAUAGUCCCAUCUACUGGUGGUUUUACAAACGUUCCUUCCAGUAUAGUCCCAUCUACUGGUGGAUUUACAAACCUUAACAAUAGACAGACUACAGGUCAACGAACUACUUUCGAUCCAGCAACUGGAAUUACAUUUGGAAGCGGAUUUACCGUUGACCAACAGACGAAUUCAGGCACCGAUUCAAACACAGGAGUAAAUACUAGAAAUGGUGGAACUACUUUUGGCAGAGGAACGAUAAGUGAAAUAGGAUCGACUUUCGACACGAGUCAGUCGAGCAGCGGAUCUACUAUUGGUGGAGGAAUUUCAACUGCACCGCAGACAUUUGGAAUAAAUUUGCCAGGUGGAUUUAGAAGCAACCAACCGACGACGGUCGGUGCUGGGACUUCGAGUGGUGCAACCACUAUGAAUACUGGCGGAACGACAGGAACCAGGCAACCUGCUAUUGCUCCGGACGCACUGUCUUGUACAGAAGAGUACCAGAAGAUUCCUGGACACACAUUGUGUAUGACCGAUUCUUCACUGCUGACCAAAGCCGGUGUUAAUAUAGACGAUAGAUUGAGAAUCACACAAAUACACAACAGUCUCCGGGCCAGCGUCCAACCCCCAGCUGCCGACCUCGUUUCCUUGCAAUGGGAUGAUCGCGUAGCCGCAGUAGCACAGAAAUGGGCAAAACAGUGCAAACUGGCACAUGAUACAGAGAGAACUGUCUCAGAAAUGGGAAUGUCUUUUGGCCAGAAUGUAGCUGUAGGGUUUGAAACGUGGCCAGAAGCUAUACAAAUGUGGUAUGAUGAAAUUAGCGUGUACAGAUAUGGGCUCGAACCAGAUUCAUACCUGGGUAAAGAUGGAUGGAGACAAAUAGCACACUUCACACAGAUAGUACAGAAUGGUACGUAUCUGAUUGGGUGUGGUUACGCCGAGUGCCCGGAGACCCAGUACGUGCGAUAUUACGUAUGUAACUACGCUGCAGGGCAAACCGACCUAGCUUACCCAUAUACAGCCGGGUUAAGAUGCGAGAGCUGCCCAAAUAAUUGCAUCAACGGAUUAUGUGAUUGCGGAGGACUAGUGUGCUAUAAUGGCGGUACUUUAGAUGAAAGCACGUGCAAAUGUGAAUGUCCUAAACCUUACACCGGCGAGAGGUGUGAAAUAAUUGACUGCCCCGUUAGCGACAACUGGAUCUGCGGCCGUGACUGGCCACCAAGCUAUUGUGAAAGAUUCUACAACGUACCCGAGGAAUGUCCUUACAUGUGUGGGAUUUGUGGUGAUGGAACAGGUACCACGAAAGUAGUCACCACGCCGAAUAUCACAACAUUUACAUCAUCGUUCGGUUGCCGUUACACUGGGGUCCGUGACGACGAAGCAUCUUGUAGAAACUACGGCGACAAUGGAAACGAUAUGAGAAUGUGUUCAAGUCAGGGAGGAACGGUGGGCUGCGGAGAAUGUGACCGAUACUUUAACAUAAAGAGAGACUACUGCCCAGUCAUGUGCGGCCUCUGUGAUCCUCCGUGCGCGGGCAAGAGAUGUAGUAAUGGAGGAACACUGGACACAAACACGUGCGCAUGUAGCUGCAGAAAACCUUUCACUGGUGACACGUGUGAAUUUGCUCAGUGCCCAAUCAAUGGCGACCCUGGGUUUUGUCGAUUCUGGCCGCCCAGGUACUGUCAGAUGUACUACAAUGUACCCGAGGAAUGUCCCUACAUGUGUGGCAUCUGUAAAAUGGAAAAUGCCCAAGUAAGCGUAAUGGGAACGCCCGAACGUCGAGGACAGCCCCUGGACAACCCAGUUAUUAAUACCCGGGCAAGACCUAAACGUUUAACAGAUGCUGCAGAAACACGUCGAAAGCGAUGAAACAGUGAUAAAAAACAACUCAAAUCUGAUUUGUGAACUGUUUUUGAACAUACAGAGUGUAAUUUAUAAAACUUACAAAAUAUUUGAUCAUGUAAAAUAUAUUUGUAUUUAAGUUAAUGUGGUCAAAACUUGUACGUAGUGUUAAAAAGUAUUUGUUUACAGUUUAGGUGAAGAAUUCCAAUACAUGUAUCUGCUUUUGUUCUGGGUCCGUAACAGCUUUGGUUAUUUCCGUAUAAGUACGUAUUACAACGUACAAUGUAUUAUUCGUACGCUGUUUCGAUUUGUGCGGCCGACAUGGAGAGUCAUAUGAGCACUUGGCUCUCCGAGUCGACGAAACAGGUGAAAAACUCUAACGUAGAUCUACGUAAUCAAACGAAAAUUACGGGUCCAGUACUAUAAAUGAAUUACUGAGAAGUGCAUGUAAUCAGAAUUGAUAAUCGGUAAUAAAAUGUACUAAAUUAUAUACAUAAUGUUGUUUUGGUUCAACAUUUCAAAAGUAUUAUAGCUUGAAUAUUUAAAUAUCACCAGUAAAUAUGAAAAAAAAAAAAAACAAAUACAAUGAUUUGUAUAUAUUAUAUACAUGUGUGCAAUUUGAUAAUAAACAUGCGAAAAGUAUUGAAACUGUAUACAAUUGUUAACAAUUAUAAAUAAUGUACACUGGACCUUAUACAGAACACGGUGCUUGCUGUUGAUGAUGUAAAAUUUAACAAGGAUGCUGAUAGAGUCAACUGAACUCCUUUUAAUCGGAGAGACUUUGUAAUUAAUCUGCAGUUUAAUCAGGAUAAAUUUAGUUUUCAGCCAAAUGUCGUAUGUUAAGAUGUCAAUUUUAAUGGAAUUCUUUGCAAUACUUUCAAAGUUUUUCCACAGUAAGUGAAAUCAAUACAUAAAGGAACAUAAACUGGUAUAACAUAUAUUAUUUUUUUUAUCGCAUUGCCUUUGAGUUAUAUCAAAGUCGCAGUUUCGGCAAAAGUGAAAUAUUUAUGUACCAAAGAGAAUAUAAAUAAACAACUAAUUCCAGACUGAGGUACAUUUCUUGGGCCAUUAAUACUUUUUCUCUUUUUCUAUAUGGCUGUGGUGAUCAGUAUACAACAGAAACUAUUAAAGUGAGUACAAAACAACAUAUCAUUAUAUCUGGAUUCACAUAUGUUUCAUUUGCAGUUUAAACAAAUUUUCAUUAUUUCUCCUAUAUAACAUUUAAAGAUGUUUAAUAGUCAUCCUUCAAUAGAAUAAACUGAAC